GUACUAUAUCCGGAACACAUGCUCAUUUUCUAACCAUAGUACUACGAUUUCGGAUUUGUGUAGUAAUUGUUCGAAAUAUUGAAUGGAAUACAAAAUAAACGAAAUAUGUCGAAGCUGUUUGUCUUAUUCGAGCAUGCUGCUGGCUAUGCUGUCUUUGCCGUUAAGGAAUUUGAAGAGGUAGGAAUGUUAAUGCCUCAGGUUGAAGCAUCUGUCACGGAUCUGUCGCGUUUUAAUGCAGUCGUCAAACUUAUUGGAUUUUCACCUUUUAAAACUGCUUUGGCUGCUCUGGAAAAUAUAAAUAAUGUCUCUGAAGGAAUUGUUCCAGAAGAUUUACAGUUAUUCCUAGAUUCAUGUAUACCAAAAGCAGGAAAAAAAGAGAAAGUUGUUCUUGGUGUUGCUGAUCCAAAACUUGGUGCUAGUAUCACAGAAGCAUUGGAUAUAAAAUGCGAUCAUACUGGCGCUGUUCCAGAAAUUAUUAGAGGGAUUAGAUUUCAUUUCCAUAAUUUGGUAAAAGGUUUCACAGCUAAAAGUUCUGGUGUUGCGCAACUAGGAUUAGGUCAUAGUUAUUCCAGGGCUAAAGUGAAAUUUAAUGUAAAUCGUGUAGAUAAUAUGAUCAUACAAAGCAUUGCUUUAUUAGAUCAAUUGGAUAAAGACAUAAACACAUUUAGCAUGCGUAUAAGGGAAUGGUACAGUUAUCAUUUCCCAGAACUUGUGAAAAUAGUUCCUGAGAAUUACAUGUAUGCCAAAGUUGCACAAUUAAUAAAAAAUAGAAAAGAACUCACGGAAGAAAAAUUAGAAGCUUUGGAAGAAGUUGUUAUGGACAGUGCUAAAGCUCAAGCAAUUAUUGAUGCAUCAAAAUCAUCUAUGGGAAUGGAUAUUAGUCCUGUUGAUCUUCUUAAUAUUGAAAUGUUUGCAGCACGUGUUAUUGCAUUAGCUGAUUACAGAAAGCAAUUAUCAGAAUAUUUGAAAUCUAAGAUGGCUGGAGUAGCUCCCAAUUUGGCUACAUUAAUUGGCGACCAAGUAGGAGCUAGAUUAAUAGCACAUGCUGGUUCUCUUACAAAUUUAGCCAAAUAUCCGGCUUCUACUGUACAAAUACUGGGAGCAGAAAAGGCUUUGUUUAGAGCAUUAAAAACAAAGGGCAAUACUCCAAAAUAUGGAUUACUGUUUCAUUCAACAUUCAUUGGUCGUGCCGGUACGAAAAAUAAGGGUAGGAUAUCAAGGUAUCUUGCAAAUAAAUGUUCUAUAGCAUCAAGAAUCGAUUGUUUUACUGAAACGCCAACUAAUGUGUUUGGCGAAAAGUUGCGGCAACAAGUAGAAGAUAGAUUGAAAUUUUAUGAAACUGGUGAAGUACCUAAGAAAAACAUAGACGUAAUGAAAGAAGCAUUACAAGAAGCUGCACAUAUAAUAGAAAGUAUGCAAGUAGAAUCACCUAAAAAGAAAAAGAAAAAAGAGAAAAGGAAAAGAAGCGAUGUUCUAGAAAAUGGAACAAACAAUGGAACAGAAAAUGGGUUUGUUGAGAAUGGCAUACAAGAUGAAACUGAAGAACCGGUAAAGAAAAAGAAAAAGAAGAAAAAGUCAAAAAGCAUAACUGAAGACGAAUAAAAACUGUAUUUCGAGUCUCUCUGUAACUAUAAUGGAAUACAAGAUUAAACUUCAACUUUAAUAUGAAAUAGUAUACAAAAGGAUAAUAAAUUGGAAAUCGCCAAUAAUAUAAGGGAAAGGUACUUUGUGAUGUUAAAAGUGAAUAAAUUAUAAUAGUUAAGAAUUCUUAUUAACACCAGCACCAAUGAGCAUAUUUAAUAACGAUAAAACUGUGAUGCAAGUAUAAAUACCUGAAGAAUUAAUAAUUACAAAUAUCGCGGCUACUGUAAACAAUAUUCAGUCAGAAACCGACAAGUGAGCCAUUGGUUAUCAUUCGCACGUAUGUAUAUGUAUAUUGUAAGUGACAUGACUGUCCCGAAUUAUUUCAGAGGAACAAUGACUUUCAAUGCUGUAUUAUUGUUUUAUACAUAAAUCUGUGUAAGGCAUAUAACUUUUAACUAUGAACUCUAUACGCGCGAUUAAUAUUGAUAUGUACCAGUACAUAUUGAUUAAUAUUGCUUAAUGGUUUCAAUGUAAUACUUGUUAUUUUAAAAAUACUUUGAUAAUAAAUGCAAUUAUAUAUAUACAUAUAUAAAGAACAAUAAAAAGUACUUUUGAAAUUGUUAUAUACACGUAAGUAAUUAUAACUCGUUUCACACAUAUACGAUAGUACACAUAAUAAAUUUUAUAAGUGUACUCAUAACAAUGAUGCAAAUUAAAAAAUUUCAUUAACGACGUGUAAUUAAAUAAAACAAACGAGUUCUAUUUGUAAAACGUACAAUGAACAAUAUCAUCGCGCGCAAAUAGCAUAAAAAUACAGUUUACAUUUAAACAGGAAUUAAGAAUGCGUAUUUCAAUGAGACAAUACAUAUCACUUUUGUUUCCUAUUUCUCAGAUGUAAAAUUAAUAAAAGUUUUUGAAUAUAUAACUUUUUACCAAUAUCUUGUGUAAAAAUUUAUAAAACUUAUUCACUAACAGAAAAAGAUUGUUUAAUUUCCAUGAUUCUAAUUUUCAUCGAGUUUGACUCAUAUAAAGGCCUCUGAAUUCCAGACUGUAAUCGUGCCUCUGUAUUAUUAUUCAAGCGGUUUGAUCGAUUACCGCACUUAUUCAUAUUAACUAUACUUGUUUAUGUUUGUACAAUAAUACAUACAUACAUAUGUAUAUUUUAACACUUUAAAAAUAUAUUCCCAUCUACAUCAAACAUUUUGUUUCAUAUAAAAUGCUCAAAUAAUGGAAAAUGUAAAGGAUCCAUUUUUCCCUUACACGAUUCAGUCUCUGAUAUUUGCAUAGAAGCCUGUAAUUCCAGAUCAACUUUAUGAGAAUCGAAAUAGAAUUUGAUAACAACUUAACAAUAAAACUGUUUGAUAAAUGUAAAAUACUUUCAACCAUAUAAAACACGAUGUUAGGAUUCUUAUUCUAUACAUAUUAAUAGUAUAGUACAUGUUCUGUGAAAGCAACAGAUUACCUAAAUCAUUCAUUCAAGAAUACGUAUAAAUAUAAAUCUGAACUUUGCUGCAAAUUCUGAAAUA